CACACUACAAGAAGCCCAACGUAGUGCAAGAAUGUGACCUGAGCUGCAUUCCACACUAAUCAUUAAAUCUGUCACGCUACACUGACUGGUUGCCUAGACACGGUGGGCUGGCAACUGACGGGACAAUGCGCUAAUUUAUAUUCAAUUGGCUGUCCUUUCUUCCAACUAGAGCUGAGAGAACAUGGAGAAUAGACAGAGAGAGAGGCUGGGGUGUAUAGAGCGUGAACGUGUGCAAGGAGUAACCUGUUGAUCGUGACACAGGGUGGUGGUGUGAGACGAGAGGAGGUGAAGGGGAAGUAGUGUGUGUGUAUGUGUGUGUGUGUCAAGGUGUCAUUGUACAACAGCAGACAGUAAGGCAACAUGACUGUCACCUACACUCAUGAGGUGGCAGACUGCAAGGGUUUUGGUAACUUCUGGCGGCUUCUUUUCAGAUGGCGAGGCAGUGUGUACAAGCUGGUGUGGCUGGAUCUGCUCUGCUACACCACCAUCUACACUGUCCUGUCGGUGGUGUACAGGGUGGUGCUUGCCGAGGACCAGAAGAGGUUGUUUGAAAAAGUGUCCCUCUACUGCAACUACUUCAGUGACUACAUUCCUGUGUCCUUUGUGCUGGGUUUCUAUGUGUCCAUUGUCAUCAAACGUUGGUGGGACCAGUACCAGACCCUUCUGUGGCCUGACUCCCUGGCGCUGUUUGUCUCCACCUGCAUGCAUGGCCAUGACCGCCAGGGAAGGCUGAUGAGGCGCACCAUUCUCCGUUACGUCAACCUUUCCUUCGUCCUCACACUCACCAUGAUCACCCCAAGAGCUAAGAAGAGAUUCCCCACCUUGGACCAUAUUGUAGAAGCAGGCUUCAUGACAACAAAUGAGAAGAAGAUUUUCUCUGCCAUGGUAGAAAAGACAGACCACCCCCUCUAUUAUGUCCCCCUGGUGUGGGCUGGAACCCUAGUGUCUCGGGCCAGGAAGGAGGGCCGAAUUAGGGACGACUUUGCAGUGAAGACGAUCAUGGACGAGCUAAACAAUCUGCGUAUCAAGAUUAACGGCUUGAUUAGCUACGACUGGAUCAGCAUCCCUCUGGUGUACACUCAGGUGGUGAGUCUGGCUGUGUACACCUUCUUUGUGUCUACCAUCAUGGGACGGCAGUUUCUCGACCCCAAGCAGAACUACCCAAAGAAUAACAUCGACUUCUACUUCCCAAUCUUCACCAUGCUGCAGUUCUUCUUCUAUAUGGGCUGGCUCAAAGUGGCAGAGUCCCUCGUGAACCCAUUCGGUGAAGACGAUGAUGACUUUGAGGUGAACUGGCUCAUCGAUCGGAACAUUCAGGUUUCAUAUCUCAUAGUGGACGAGAUGCACAACGAACACCCGGAGCUGAUGCAGGACCUGUACUGGGACGAGGUGUUCCCGCAGGAAUUGCCUUACACUGUGGCAGCCGAGCAGUACAAGCGUGACCCCCCAAUGGGCAGCACCGCCAACCUGCGAGUGCCCGAAGCUGAGCAGGAAUUUGUACCCACGUUGGAGGAGGUGCUGGAAGAGAAGAUGGAGGAGAGCGAGGAGGCAGAGAAGACAGAUGGAACACCAGGAGUGAGGCGUUUGGACUCGGCACGUUCUAUUGGUUCAUCCAUGUCUGGGCGGAAGAGUUCGCUCAUGUCCAUCCUGCACAAUAAGUGGCGACGUGGCGACCUGCGCAGCUCCAUGGGCAGUCAGAUAUCCGUAAGAAAAAGCCGCAUGCGUUCAGUGAGCCAGUCGGGUUCACAAGUCUCGGAUGCCUCCUUUGGUUCCUCCGUCAUCAAGAGAAACAACACAAACACGUCAUUUCAGGACAGUGACAUGCAUCUAUCACAUGAAUCCAUGAUCGAUGGGAACGGAGAAGGAAUACCAGUCUUUCUCUCCUCUUCCCCUAAACCAAACCGUAAGAAGAUCAUCCCAUCCCUCGCCACCAUCAAGUCCUCCUCUUCCACUUCAAGCCACCACUCCAAUCGUGUCCACCCCCAGGGAGACGCUGAUCCAGUAGUCAUCAAGGUGGCAGAUCUUCAAGUGGACAGUGUGGUGGACAAAAAUAUAGACAAAGGAGCAAUGAGUCAUUCAAGAGUUGGUUCCCCACACAGCGUUGCAGACUCCACAGCUUCUGCCAUGGCGUCAAUCUUCACCAUACAGGGUUCUGAGAUACACGAGGGAGACAAUAGAGAGGAAGUGAUGGAGAGGAGUCAGUCAGCAGGCAGCCACAAGGAGCCACACUUAAGUAAGAGUGAUGCAGAAAAACCAACAAGUGCCGAGGGAACUCAGGGGGAUGCUGCUGUGGAGGAUGCCAAAGAGGUGAUGCCUGGAGAAGAUGCACCAGAGGAUGAGAAUGUCCACUAGGGAACAUCACAUAGUCAACAGUGGGAAGCGUGACCCAAGCUGACCAAGACUACCUACCGGCUAGUGAUAUGCAGGUCAUCUCACUCGGCUAACUCUUCUGAACACGAGACCCAAGACUGAAGUUUAUUCCCAUCUGUUGCCUUUCAUGAGGGACAAUGGUGUGACUGUGGCUCCUUCAUUGUUACUCAUCAUUCCUCCCUCACCAUUGAGCUGCCUUCUCAAACAUUUCAGUGUCUUAUCUACUUUGAAUUGGCCUUAGUGGGAGUUGCUGGGAUUUUCAAGCUUUCAUGAUUCUAGGGAUAGUUUACCAAGGGUUCUUCAUCAUUAACGAGAAUGAGAAGUUGAGAAUCCAACCUAUUACGUGUAUGGUGCUUCAAAAUAGUUCAUGUGGAAGCAUUUGAAGCAUUUAGGCAUUUCAAAGCACAGUCUGUAAGUCAUUGUCUCACACACAAACCAGUCUUCAUUGUUUGCUAGGUCACAGUUAUACAGCCAUUAUACUUGUACCUGACAUGUGCAUAUCAAUGUAAGAGUGCCAUAUAUAGGGCUUCACUAUUUUUUGUACUGUCAAAACUUGCAUGGUCUGUCUUCUGGUGCAAGUUUAAAGACACAUCAUUGCUGUCACUGCUCCGAGAGUGUUAUGAAGGCAACAUCAAGUGAACUUUCUCAUUCAACAAAUUAUCCACUUUCCAGUGACAAAAAAUAUUUUCUUUUCAUUGAUAACCAUUCCAUAAUCACAAUGUUUAGUUUCCUCAUGUGCAUUUCUUUCUAUUUGCUAAUGGCAUCACAAUAUCAUUCAUUAAUAGUUAUGCACAUAAAUUUCACAAAAACUAUCUAAUGCAUAUUCACUUUCAGCAUGUGGUAAAUAUGCACAGUUAAGAGCAAGUGACUGGUUGGGCCUCCUUGACAAACCCCAACAGAUAACUCAACUACUGCUGACUUUGUGACAGUGUUGUGCACAUUGCAUCCAUUGCUUUGAUCACUACCUUUCCACAUGCCAGUCAUCCAAGGCUCUCAAUCAGCCUAUCUCCAAGGAUCUGAUUGCAUGCCUUAAUCAACAAAUAGUACAUGAGGUUUUGUCUUCUAAUAUAGAGCAUAAUUGCUUAAUAAUAUGGCUGUUUCCUAGACAUAAUCUGUUCAUCUUAGCAUAUGUGUAUUUUCUCCUAUAGUCUAGGUCUGUUCAUUAUCAUGGUAGCAUUAAGUGAAGCUAAGGUGUCCAUUACCCUAAAAUGUCAAUAGUUCCUGCACAUCACAGUUACCUGACUCAAACAAAAGCACUAGUUUAUUGUAGCACCAGUGCAGGGCAGCACUUCCCAUUAAACAGUGCAAUAAAGAUAGCCAAGCUAAAUACUCACCAAAAUAUGUAAGGCUAGACACAUUCCCAUGCAACUUAACAUAGAUUGUUAUUGAGAUAAUUGUUAUCUGGCCAGACUUAUCAAUUAGGAAAGGGGCCAUCUUAAAUAAGUAUGUUUGCUGAGACAAUACUUUACACAGCCACAUUAUCCAGGAAACAUUCCUUUAGCUAGAGAGAUCCCAGACAGGUAAACAGGUGACUUAAAUUCUUCCUAGGAUUGCUGUCAAAUGUUGUGGUGCAAUGUUAUGACAAACCCACUAAAGAGAAGUGGUUAUUGUGUGUAUCCAUCAUGUGGUACACACACUGUGCUGUUAUUGUGUACACUUUGUAUCACUUGUUUGUCUGAACCUGUGAUCUUUAUAUGGAACAGUUCUUGGUACAAAGAGGAACAUGUGUGAAGUGCAGUGCUGCCUUGGUUUGAGAGUUGAAUUGUUCCAGAGAGCCACUCAUUAAUUAACAAAGUUUGACUGAUGAUUCCCUCCAUUGAGAGCAGUGCUGAGAGUGAUAGUCCCUAAAAAACUACUUAAGUCUAUGUCAGAGCAAGCAGUUGCUGGCCAGUGCUUGUAACCCCAAUUAAUACAAUCAGGGACACUCACAUCCCAAGGUAUCACUGCAUCAGGGUUGUUCCUCUCCAAAAAUCUUAGGUUCUCAUUGACUGUGAUAUUUCUUUUAGUGUGCUAACUGUACCAAUAACUAUUCCAGCUCACCUUUCCCCAAAUGUACCAAAAUACUAAUACACCCUUAUCAUAUCACACAAGUAAUAUAAAACCUGCUAUUUAUAUCCACUAUGUUCUUUUAGAGGAUGUAUUAGGAUUUGAAAGGGACUGUUAGAAAUAAAAGGCUGGGCAUGCAUUGAA